CUAUGGUGUAAGGUUUUAAACAGAAAUGAGCACGUAGCAAUAGGCACACAUCAGCACCUGUAACUUUGAUUUUACUAACUGAAUGCAAAUAGGUUAGGUUAUUUACACACAGAGAUCCUAUAAAAUGCCAAGAAUAACCAGAAGUCUCUGCAGGAUUGGACUGUUUGGCAGGCAUAUUUCAUCUAAGAAAUGAAGAAAGAGACUUAGGUGGAAGUAAGUCACUUCAUCUCUCAUUGGCUUGUGGCGGUCACUUACUCAUCAUAUAAACCCAAGAUGUAGUCACUUCUGAGAGCACAGAAGAUACUAGAGACUCCACGGAGACAGCACAAAAUCACAUCAUGCCAAAAUAUAAACUCAUUUAUUUUAAUAUGAGGGGGAGAGCAGAAAUUAUUCGUUACAUAUUUGCUUAUUUGGACAUAAAGUAUGAAGACCACAGAAUAGAACAAACUGAUUGGCCUGAAGUCAAAUCAACUCUUCCAUUUGGUAAAAUCCCCAUUUUGGAAGUCGAUGGACUUAACCUUCACCAGAGCCUAGCAAUAGCAAGAUACAUGACCAAAAACACAGAUCUGGCUGGAAAAACAGAAUUGGAACAAUGUCAAGUUGAUGCGAUUGUGGACACAUUGGAUGAUUUCAUGUCACGCUUUCCUUGGGCAGAGAAAAAUCAAGAUAUAAAAGAUCAGAUGUUUAAUGAGCUACUUACAUAUGAUGGACCUCAUCUUCUACAAGAUUUGGACACAUACUUAGGGGAAAAGGAGUGGCUUAUUGGUGACUCUGUAACUUGGGCAGAUUUCUAUUGGGAAAUUUGCAGUACCACACUUUUGGUCUUUAAACCUGACUUGCUGGACAUCCAUCCCAGGUUGGUAACAUUACGGAAAAAAGUUCAAGCCAUCCCUGCCAUUGCUGACUGGAUACAACAAAGGCCCCAAACCAAACUCUAAGUAAUGCCAGCUUGCAGCUUUAUUGUUCUUCACAGCAUUGCUUACAUCAGAUAAGAAGCUACAAAGCCUGCUCUGUAAUCCACAUCCACACACUGCCUUCCCUAGGCUCCAUCUAGUGUUUCACUUUUGCCAUAUUCUGCUAAAAAAACAAAAAAAUAGGGGGAAAAAUGGGGGAAAAAAAAGAGCA